AUGACCCCCACUAUAGAGGAAUGCUUAGAAAGUUUAACAGAGGCAAUGGAAAUGGACAUACUUACAGCACAAGGAGAAGCUGAAGCUGAAUGGCUGCAAGAUGCAGGGCUCUCUGACUUGAUUGGAGACCGCACAGAGGAGAAUGGCAACUUUGUUCUGCUUUCUACAUUGACCAAGACUCAGGCUGCGGCUGUGCAACGACGGUUGGAUACUUACACUCGCUCCCGGAGAAAGAAGAAUAAGCAGCCCGUCCGGGAUGUCAGAGACAUUUUUGGAGUAGUUGGCUCUGGGGUGGAACCUGAGAUGGAGACAGAAAUGGAUCGAUUACACUGCAGGGCAUCAUCACAUACCAUUCAAAAAUCAGAUGCAAUAGGAAUUCAAGACUUCACAUCACCACUGAGGGGUUCUAUGAGAGAGGAAUUAUUCAACACUGAAAUUGCUUAUUCAGAGCAGGCGGCUAUCUUGCUCAAAGGAUCAUUCCCAAGGGACUCCAGAAGGAUCAAGGAUGAAAGUUUUUUACCUAAAUUUAGGAUCCCCAAGGGAAGACUGGGAGUGACCAAGAUUGGAGAUUUAUCUCAACAGGACAUGAAGAAGAUUCCCACCCUGGCACUCAUUGAACUGACUGCUCUCUGUGAUGUUCUCGGCUUAGAGCUGAAGAGAAACAAGGCAGUAAAACGGAAAGCGGCAGAUCACAAGCUUUUUGGUGUUCCACUUGGUACUUUGUUAGAAAAUGAUCAGAAGCUCUUACCAAAUACCAGAGUUCCAUUGAUUCUGCAAGCGUUGCUGUCAUGUUUGGAAAAGAAAGGCCUGGACACAGAAGGAAUCUUGAGAGUCUCAGGCUCACAGUCCCGCAUUAAGAGUCUGGAACAAAAACUAGAGAGUGAAUUCUAUACUGGCUUCUUCCAGUGGGACGAAGUUCAUCAGAACGAUGUGUCUGGCUUGCUCAAGAGGUUUAUUCGGGAACUCCCUGCCCCCCUGUUGACAGCAGAAUACUUACCUGCCUUUUCAGCUGUGCAAGAUAUCCCAGACCUUAAACAGAGGCUGCAGGCUCUCAAUCUCCUCAUACUGAUUUUGCCAGAACCAAAUCGAAACACCCUGAAGGCACUGCUGGAGUUUCUGAGGUUGGUGGUUACGAGGGAAAGAAAAAACAAAAUGAAUCUUUGGAAUGUUUCCACAGUCAUUGCACCCAAUCUCUUCAUGCACAAAGGCUUGCCAAACAAGAUUCCAGAAGGGAAGGAGAAACAGCUGGCAGAGGGUGCGGCUGACAUAGUGCGGAUGAUGAUCCAUUACCAGGAUUUACUCUGGACUGUUUCAUCUUUCUUGGUAACUCAAGUAAGAAAACUAAAUGAGAGCAGCAGCAGAAAGUAUCAAUUCUAUGACAGGAGGAUCAAAAACCUGUUAAAGAAGAUUCAUGUAGACAAGGAGAAGACAGAGAAAAACCACAGUGACCCAUGUAAGUAGUAAAAGUCCAGACCUCCCUGCUUCUAAAGGACUCUCUGGAAGUUCAUCUAACCAAUGGAAUUAAAGCUGCUGAUGCUGAGGCAGUUCCAGAAGAACCUCUGUCAGAAUGGCUGGAAUAUUGUC